AUGUUGACCAGAAAGAUUAAACUCUGGGACAUAAACGCCCACAUCACCUGCCGUCUGUGCAGCGGGUACCUCAUCGACGCGACUACCGUGACCGAGUGUCUGCACACGUUCUGCCGGAGCUGCCUGGUCAAGUACCUGGAGGAGAACAACACCUGUCCCACCUGCAGGAUCGUCAUCCACCAGAGCCACCCGCUGCAGUACAUCGGGCAUGACAGGACCAUGCAGGACAUCGUGUACAAGCUGGUGCCGGGCCUGCAGGAAGCGGAGAUGAGGAGGCAGCGGCAGUUCUACCACCAGCUGGGCCUUGAGGUGCCGGGAGACGUCAAGGGCGAGGCUGGCUCCACAAAGCAGCACCCGGACCCCCAUCGGAACGGUGAAGCCAAAGCAGACGAGAGCUCCCACACGGAGGCUGCGGAGGAGAAGCAGGAGGAGGACAGCGACUACCACCGCAGCGACGAGCAGGUGAGCAUCUGCCUCGAGUGCAACAGCAGCAAGCUGCGCGGCCUGAAGCGCAAGUGGAUCCGCUGCUCCGCCCAGGCCACCGUGCUGCACCUGAAGAAGUUCAUCGCCAAGAAGCUCAACCUCUCGUCCUUCAACGAGCUGGACAUCCUGUGCAAUGAGGAGAUCCUGGGCAAGGACCACACGCUCAAGUUCGUGGUCGUCACACGGUGGAGGUUCAAGAAGGCGCCGCUGCUGCUGCACUACAGACCCAAGAUGGACCUGCUGUGA